AUGGUUAGUUGGAGUCGAGAAGUGGCAUCGGGAGGAGGUGAUAAUUUUUCUGAGGAAAUAUUAACCGAUCUUCCUUUUCCUUUCGCCUCCUUCCCUAUUCCUGCCUCUACUUCUUACGCACCUUCACCAGACAAGUCCAUUCCUUUGCUUCCAACUCCUGGCAGCCAGAUGCAAGGUCAAAUAGACGCCUGUGUGCAGGCUAAUAUUACUGAGACGAGUAUGUCCGAGACGGUGGAUUCCUUCCAACUCGAUCCCGAUGGUCCUUAUCCCACUAUGAUAAGAGCCAAAACGGGCGCCUCUACGCUACCCAGUACUGGGAACAGCUCAAUGAACCCCAUGUCUCUUGACUACCGCACCCGAACUCUCAGUGCGUCAAGUCUCCAUGGUAAUGGAAGUCUGGAUAAGCCGGAAGGCAAACGCAAUGGAGCACAUCGCAAUCCAAACUUGAUUUCUGGGUUUCGGAAACUCCACACAGCAUUUCGGGGGGCUGUGAACGCGGUUCGGUCGGCAACCAAGGCCACGAAAAUUUUUAGCCAAGAUGAGCCUUCCUCAGAAGAAGAUGACGAGGUUAUUGGAAACCAGGGCAUUCGGUUACGAUGCUCGCGCAAGAUGAAGGGCCAAAAGGAGUUUCUGCAGAUUAAACUUGUCCAGAAGUUGGACAAUGAGCACAUUGGCGCCAUCUGGGCAAUGCGUGUGUCGCCUUGUGGUCGACUUUUGGUAAGAAAGUCUUUCUUCCCUCCUGUUCUAGUGUUGUUUUCAUUGGCCUGCGCCUUUUGUAAAUUUUGA